GGCGGAAACCCAGAGUAAUCAAGAAACUAAAGAACGUUGACGUUGUUUAUUUUUCUUGCCAUGUGCGUUUUGGGUAGCAGUCGGUCUUAAGACGAACUUAUUGAUCAUUUCCUCAUCAUGGCAGACGACCUAGACGACGAGUGGUGGACAAGCGCUCAGAAUGAAGGCGAAACUUCUGAACCAGAGAGUGAUCACUCUGUCGAGGCUUCAGAAAAUGCAGCACCAGUUAAAAGGAAAGCUGAAGCCAUUGAUGAUGACAAGGGGGCAGAUGAUGAUCAAGCUGAUAAUACAGACAACAAAGAGAAAAAAAAGAAAGCCAAACGGAAAAGAAAUACAAUUACUGUGGAGUUAAAAGCGAAGGGAAGUAAGUCGGGGACAGCUGAGGAUCUGGUCCAGGUCAUCACAAAACACUACAAAGACAAACUGUCCACAGUGGAAUGGGAUAACAUUAAGAUAGACACAGAUAGGAACUUUUUUGUGAGUGCUGAUAAGGAACACACACCUGUGUCUUACCUGCGGACCAUCCUACCCAAGUGGAAGAAGAUGCUGAAGACGGAGCUUAAGCCAGGUUCUCCACUGGUCUUACUGGUGUCAGCCUCUGCCAUCAGGAGUGUUCAGCUAAACAGAGAAAUAUUGGACUUCAAAAGUGAACAGUGUCAAAUUGCCAAAUUAUUUGCAAAGCACUUUAAGCUUGAGGAGCAGCAGAAGUUUCUGGCAAAGAAGGUGUGUCAUAUUGGCCUUGGGACACCAAACAGGCUACACACUCUGGUGAAGUCAGGAUCAUUACACUUGGACAAUGUUGCGGCUGUAGUGUUGGAUUGGAACUGGCGUGAUAUCAAGUCCAAACGUAUGGUGGAUAUCCCUGAGAUAAGAGGCCACCUAAUGGACUUCAUGAAGGACUUUAUGAUACCACAUAUGUCUAAAAAUCACUGCAAGAUUGGGAUGUUAUGACAGCUGUAUAGUUAUGAUGAUUUAAGAUUUUUGAACCGAGUAACAUUUUCACAAACAAGUAGUUGAUCCCAUCAACUUGACUCUGCAGGAUACCACCCACUUCUUACUCAAUCAUGGUUCACCAGCAUAAUAAUUAAUUUGUGAAAAAGUUAUGGAAAACAUCGCUUAAAAAUAUGCAGUUAAUAGGGAGAGACAUAGGUCUGACCCUUUGUAGAGUCAUUCAGAAUACUGGUAAAUUGUACAGGGACGUUGAGAGGAAAAGUAUGGGAGAUAGGGUAAUCCAGAUUUUACGAAGUACAUCAUAUUGUAUUUCAUAAACGAACUGUAUUUUUUUGACAAAUGAUGUCACUUCUUCCUAUAUCUCUCAUUUGACAUUUAUUAAAAUUCUUCAAAGUUUAGGAAUACUUUCAAGAAGGUAAAUGUCUACUGUAAUCUUAGUCAAAAGAAAUAAGAAGAAUUGAGAUUGUUUAUACCAGUGUCAUUGAAGUUAAUGGAUUAGUAAAUCUAAAACAGGAUAAGGGAGGAAAGUCCAUGGUAACACUUCUUGAAUUCUGUUUCAUAAAAGCUACUAUUCUUUAACAGUGAAAUUACGGUUAUAAAUUGAAAUUUAGAAAGGGUUAUACAAUGUAGGCUUACAGGAUAUCUGUAUAGAUGCUAAUUGUAUGUACAAACAAAAGACCAGCAAAGAAAGAUAUUGAGAAAACGUAUCGAUUUUAUUACUAAAAAACAUGGUUUUAACACAUUUUGUGAAAUGAUUGUUUAGAACAUAGACAGUUUUACUUAAUAUUUCAUAUUGUUACCUUGCCCUUUUAAGGGAAACUGUAUGAUACCAUUUAUAUGGCUUGUUUUAAUAAAUGAUAUUCAUCAA